GCGCCGGGUUUCCGCGAGGCGGACCCACGUGAACGCGGGGGCUGUCAGCUGUCGCGAGCUGGACUGGAAUAAAAGAAAAAGAGGGCUGAGCGCGAGCCUCGACCCGUUCGAUACUGCGCGGUUCGUCAGCCUACAUACACUCCUGCUUCUAUGAAACUCGUUAGUUGGGUUUUAAAUCCUUUUCUUCGUCUCAGAAAGUUACAGCUGUUUUUGUUUUUGUUUUUGUUUGUCUAACACAGGCGCUUUCGCGAUGACUUUACAAAAGAGCUGUCCUAAAAAGACAGAAGCCUGAGGGAUCUGAAGAGAAGAGAAGGCACACCCAACGCCGGGGUCGCGCUUGGCGAGUAUCUUCCUCUCCUGGGAGGCCACUGACUGAGUGAAAAACAAAAGUAAUGCCGCUGGGAAACGAGGGGGUUGUUUAGUCGAGCUGCGUAGCGGGCUGAGUGUCUGUGGUUCCCUGCGAAUGUACGCGCUGGAUGUACGUAUGUGGCCGUGAGCGAGCGAUACCCGCGGCGCCGCUGUGCGGUGGUGCCACUGCUGCACUGGUGGCGGUGGCGGUGGCCCAGCCGUGCCUCGAGCCCUGCGCGCGCAGCACCGUAGGCGUAGCCGUCGCUCCCGCGCCUGCCGCGAUGAGCGGGUCGCCCGCGUACACGUUCGUGUCCAGGGACGACAACAGCAGCGUGUACGCCGAGGUGUCCCGGAUCCUGGUGUCGACGGGCCGCUGGAGGAGGCUCAAGAGGGACAACCCGCGCUUCAACCUCAUGCUGGGGGAGCGGAACCGGCUGCCCUUCGGGAGACUCGGACAUGAACCAGGACUGAUGCAGCUGGUGAAUUACUACAGAGGUGCAGACAAGCUGUGCCGCAAAGCAUCUUUAGUUAAGUUAAUCAAGACCAGCCCAGAGCUGUCCGAUUCCUGCAACUGGUUCCCUGAGUCUUACAUCAUUUAUCCCACUAACCUCAAUACCCCUGUGGCCCCAGCCAAAAAUGGAAUCAGUCACUUGAAAAGCAACCCCAAAACAGAUGAGCGGGAGGUCUUCCUGGCUUCUUAUAACACGAAAAAGGAGAACGGCGAUGGUACGGUGUGGAUCGCUAAGUCCUCAGCUGGCGCUAAAGGUGCUGGGAUUUUAAUAUCUUCUGAUGCGAAUCAGUUGUUGGAGUUCAUAGACAAUCAGGGCCAGGUCCAUGUAAUUCAGAAGUACCUGGAGAAACCCUUGUUGUUGGAACCCAGUCACCGAAAAUUUGAUAUCAGGGAGGGUGUACUUCGGACAUCUUCAGAGCCUUACAACUGUUCCGACUUCCAGAACAAGACUAGUCACCUGACGAACCACUGUAUCCAGAAGGAGCAUUCCCAGAAUUAUGGCCGAUACGAGGAGGGCAAUGAAAUGUUCUUUGAUGAAUUUCGCCAGUACCUGCUGAGCACACACAAUGUUUCUUUGGAAACUGCCAUUUUACCUCAGAUCAAACACAUCAUAAGGUGCUGCCUAGCUUGCAUAGAGCCAGCCAUCAGCACAAAGCACCUGUCCUACCAGAGUUUCCAGCUCUUUGGUUUUGACUUCAUGCUAGAUGAAAGUAUGAAGGUUUGGCUAAUUGAAAUUAAUGGAGCUCCUGCCUGUGCCCAAAAACUCUAUCCAGAAUUGUGUCAGGGUAUUGUGGACGUGGCCAUUUCCAGCGUGUUCACCUUGAGCAACGGUGAAUCCUCUGCUUCCUCUUCCUCAUCUUUGUGUUCAUCACCAAAGCUCAAGCCACCCUGUAAUUAUGGCCCUUUCAUCAAACUUUAGGCAUGAAAAAGAUGCCUUUUGUUUACAGCUGGUGCACCUGAUUCCUGAUUUCCCACUUGCUUCCUGUCCCCUUAUGACUUUAUGGACCCUUCCGUGGAGAGCAGGGUCAAUAGCGUACUCUGGUGUAGCAGUGCAGAACUGAUCUCCCAGUAUUACUUUGUUUUAUGUUCAACACUCCUUUACAGUUUUCUUAAGGGGGGGGGGGGGGUGUUUAAAGGCACUGAAAAUGUCAUCUAAUUGAGUAGUGAAUGUGUUUUGGUUUAGUGUAGAAUGAUUUGGCACGAACUUUGACCAUUUAUCUUGAGUUUAAGACUUUUAAUGAGAUGGCAUGCUGUCCUCUCAUAGCUGUUUCCAAGAGCACCAAGUGGUGCUUUGAAGAUGUAAGACAUCAGUAUUAUCAUUUAAUAAAUAUAAUUUUAGUGCCUUAGAUGUUCUUGGCUCUUGCCAUGAAGAAGAGCAACUGUCCAGCUUUUGCAGCUUUGUGUAAUGUUGAUGUGUGAGCUGUCAGGCCUGUCAUUCUGAUCUCUGCUGAUAUUUGGGGUUUUCUGUUUGCUCUGGAGGCAUUUAAGAAAUCCUUGUCGAAAAGAUACUGUUGUACUUUCUUCCAUGUCUGUCUGGAUCAUUUUGAUUUGAAUCUCAAGUACAUGUUACAAAUUAUGGCUAUGAGAUCCAUCACACUGCUUUUUGCUCUCUUAUGACUGCACAUAUUACUUUUUCUAUAUUGUGCAAAUUCUGAUUUUUCUGAACAAAACCUAUAAACAGUAGGAUAGUGCAUCCAAGUACUCUUUAAUAACCUAUGUCUGAUGAGGGCAGGUUCAGGAAACAAAAGCAAAAUUGAAAACAAGGGGUUUUACAGAUCCAAUUGAUGCAGGCAUAUUUUUAGUGAAGGAAUUGUCAAAAUUUUGUCUUUGAAAUCACUCAGUAAAAGGAAAGUAUGACUGUAGAAGUUGGCGUGAGAAGGCAGAAUGCGUUAAGGCACAGCAGGGAAUCCUGUUCCAAUUUAAGUAGCCAUUGCUGGUAUGUUUGUGAGGUCAAAUAAGUGUUUCUACAGAGGCUGAGGAUCUUUUAAAAUAACUUGUUUGUAUGUAGCUGUUACAAAAUGGCCUUUCUGCAGUUUGAAAAAGUUGUUGCAGCAAGCUUUCAAAUAUUGUCAUCUUACCACUUGACAAGAAGUGCAUGUUGGUCGUAAAGCAUUAAAUAUCAUAGUUGCUGUAUGUGCUAUUCCUCAAUGAAUAGUGGCAUCCGCUAUUAAAAUCAGACUCUCGCAUUCUUGAUUUAGGUAUUUAACUUUCAUCAAGAAUCGUUGUUGUUGUUGUUGUUGUUGUUGAAAAUAAAACGGUGUAGAAAGUAUAUUUCUGUCAUUGUCUCCAGUAUUCAGUUAUCAAGUAGUUUACAAGACUACCAUCAGAUUAGUUGCUGCUCAGCUACAAAUUUUACAUUGGCCCAGCAGUAGUAAUUCAUUAAUUUUUCAAAUUUAAAGUGUAAAUAUUUAUAUUUAAUAGCUUUUCUGA